GAAAAUAUUAUCAUUAUAUAGUUUUGAGUUCCGUUUUGCAGAAAAAAAAUAAAAAGUAUAUCGAUGGAUAUAAUAUUGUCAUCGAAAAAAGCCGAUAAAACGAUAGUGGAAGUUGAAGGAGUUGGUGGAUACUACACAUGGUCAAGUAGCCAAUUUCCAGUUCUUAGUCAGAAAAAAGUAGCUGCUGGUUUAAUACUUCUUCAGCCUCGUGGCUUUGCUUUACCUCACUAUACCGACUCCUCUAAAAUUGCUUAUGUUUGUGAAGGUGAAUGCAUUGCUGGACUGAUCUCACCAGAAGAUUCAAAAGAAGAAGUUGUAAAAAUUCAAAAAGGGGAUACUAUACCAGUUACCUUGGGAACAGUGUCAUGGUGGUACAAUGCUGGUGAUUCUAAACUCGCUAUAAUUUUAUUGGGAGAAUCGUCUGAUGAAUACACACCUGGAGAAUACUGUUUUUUCUUUUUAACUGGAGCUGCUGGUAUACUAAAUGGAUUCCCUAAUGAAAUAAUUGCUAAAUCUUUUCACAUGACCGAAACUGAAUCUGAAAAAUUCAUGAAAGAUCAAAGUAGUUUAAAUAUUUUAAUUAAGGUAAAUGAAGGUAUACCAAUUCCAAGCCCAUCCCACGACGCGAAAUGCAAGUUGGUUUUCAACUUGGAUGGUGCAAAACCUUGUGUUGAGGCAAAAAAUGGUGGAGUUUUAUCUUCGGUAAGUGGUAAGAACAUAGCGUUGCUUGGAGAUGCUGGAUUAAGCGCGAAUCGCGUAGUCUUGGAAUGUGGUGCUGUACUUGGUCCGAUAUUUACAGCAGAUUCGUCCGUUCAAUUGAGUUAUAUUACCAAAGGAAGUGGACGUGUUGUAAUUGUGGGACUUUUUGGUAAGGUUGUGUUGGAUACUAAAGUGGAAGAAGGAGAACUGUUUUUUGUACCAAAAUUCUUUCCGUUUGUUGUGGAAGCUGAUGAAGGAGGAAUGGAGUUCUUCUCCGUGAAAACAUCGUCAAAGCAAGUAUAUGGAGAACUAUCGGGUGGGAAAAAAUCAAUUUGGGAAGCAGCAUCUCCAUCAAUUGUAGAGGCGUUCCUAAAUAUGACUCCAGAUUUUACAAAGUCUUUCAAGUCCAAGAUUGCUAAGGGCUCACUGAUUACCCCACCUUAGAUUAAACUGUUUGAGUUUAAGAAUAUAUAUAUAUAGAUAAUAUGCUUGAAAAUAAAAGAUGGAUGAUGAAAUGUGUGUUUGUUUUAGCAUUUCCUGAAUUAUAUAUAUGUCUUCUUAAGAAAAAAAGGAAAAAUGUCAAAUAUGAUUUUUCAAAUAUAGCUGUAAUUUAAGGGAUUUUACAUGUAUUUGUCGUGAAAUAAAUGUAUAUCUACCGUAUGUAAAAUGUAUAUGUGACUGUAUGUCUUAUGUAUAUCAUUGGACUUGCAUUCAUUUUUUUACAUGUCAGUUUUCUGGCAUUAAAUCAAAGUAUGGGGGUACUAAAGUUCACUUCCGUUUUUCCUC